GGGAAAACUAGAAAUCUGUAUGCAACAAAGUGAAAUUAAACCCCUAUCUCUCACCAUGCACAAAACAGAGCAGAACAAGUACCUGCUUCUGAAAAUUGCCUUUUGUGAGGAAUUCUGUUUUUACUCAAGGCAUUUAGGUCAAUUCCAUAUAUCUGAAGCAUGCAAAUAAUGUCAUUCUCUUUUAACUAUUGACUUUAGUCUGUUAAAAAAAUAAAAUAAUAAAAUGCUGGGAUUACUUGCCAUUGAGAUAGUACAUUUUUCAUGUGGUUUCACAUCUAUAUUCAUCUCCCCCUGCACACUCCACAAAUAAUAGGUGGUGUGCAGAAAAUUAAGAGAACAAACCAUGACUUAUAUAGCUUUAUCUUCUAGGAAAUAAUGAGGUUGGACUAAGGUUGGAACUACUAAGGGAAAGCCAAUAACAACAACAAAAUGUUACAAACAAAGAUAUUUACUAAUGUAUAUUUUAUAAUAGUGAAAACCUGGAAAUAAAUUUGUAUCCAUAGGGUCUGGCUAAGUAAAUACUGUAUACUAUAGAAAAUGAUAAAGCAGUUACGAAGAAUAAGUUAUACCCUUUAGAGCCACUAUUGAGAAAAACAGAAGGCAAGUUAUAGAACAUAUCCAGUAUGAUCUUGUGUAUGUUCUUAAAAUAAAACAGAUCUUUGGAUCUGACUUAAGUAUGCUAAUCCAUAGAAAAGGGUCAGGAAGAAAUAAAAUGGUUAAUAAUGUUAUUUCUGAGAAUGAUGUAGGGUUGGUGGGGCUGGGUGUGAUGGAAGCUCUUCCCUUUUUGCUCUAGGUCUCUGUAUUUGGGGUUUUUUAUGAAGACAUAAUCAUGGUUUCCUUUUAUAAUUACAAAGUCUGAAAAUACUGGAGAGAAAUUGGAACACCAGGCAGAAAUUGAGGUCAGGAGAAGGAAGAUGAGGCACUUUGGGAUAGUGGAUUCUGGCAAUUGACAUAGGUGCCCUCAUCCUCUGAUAUUCUGUGAAAUGGUGACUUGGGGCUUGACAUAGGUGCCCUCAUCCUGUGAUAUUUUGCAAAUGGUGACUUGGGGCUUGUGCAAUGUUUUCAGGAGAUAUAUAUGUAUUUGUGUGUGCAUGUGUGUAUGUGUAUAUAUACACAAAUAUGUGUGUGUGUGUGUGUGUGUGUAUCUUUAUCUGUAUUACUCCAAAAGGAAUGAUCUAGAAUACAGGGUUUGCAAAUAAAGAAAACCCAAGAACUUUUAAGAACAAUUUUCAUAUGUAGUUUCCUCUGGGAUAUUUAAUCUGUUAUCCAUAUAAGCAUUGGAUAAGAAAAAAUUCAUAUCUGUAGGAAGCAUGGAUUCACUUCUAUCCCUGUAUGAAUAAUUCUUUUUUUAAAAAAUGUGUUAAUUUUUUUCUGUUUUUACUUUAUUUUAACUUUUAUUUAAUUGUAGAUGGACAUAAUACCUUUAUUUAUUUUUAUGUGGUGCUGAGGCUUGAACCCAGUGCCUCACACAUGCCAGGCAAGCACUACUGUACCACUGAGUUACAACCCCAGCCCUGUAUGAAUAAUUUUUUCCCAAUAAUAGAAGAGUUGUUUCUACACAGAGAUCUUCUGUCUACUGACUUAAUUUCCACUCUGGUGGAUGGUGUCAUUUUGUCUGUAAAUGUUAACUGAGCCCUGUAAGCAACUCUAGGUGUGGGAGAUGCAAACUGGUGGAGAACAGACAAGGCCUUUGCUCUGUUGGAGCUUCCCGUCAGGCAGGGGCAGAGGUGAGAAAAGACAGGAAGUGAGUCCUCCUGUGAUGUGAACUAGACAGGGUGAUGUGAUGGGGAGAGAACAGGGAAAUGCCUUUACAUUGGCAGUUAGGAAAGACUUCUCUGAGGAAGUAAAUUCAGAAACCAUGGCAUGCAUGACAAGAGAGACCCAGAUGUGAGUAAUCAUUUGGAGGAGGAGCAUUUCAGGCAGAGGGAACUAGAGUCGUGUGUCUCUGGGGUUCCAGAGCUUGCUGUGUGGUUAGGACUUACGGAGACUCGGUGAAGAUAUGUGAAAGUGGUCUGCAGGGACAGAAUUAUGUCAAGUCUUAAGGAUGAGGCGAGCUCUUCAGACCUCCAGCUGGCCAUGUGGUGAGUUCAGAGAACUGAUCAGGGCGUACCACAGUCAUCAGAGGACUCCUGUCUGUUCUGAACUGAUUCACACCAGCUUCAAGCCUGGAAGGAUGGUGUCACAGUCAGUAGGCCGGCGGGAUUCUCCUGCGGACCUCUGGGAAGGGAUCAGUCAUGACACUGGCAGCUCACCCAGUAUCCUGGACACUGACCACCGUCUUUGCCAAGUAGACAUCAGGGUCACGAGGCACAAAGCUGCCUGGAUUAACCCCCUGUGUGUGCAGCAGCAAAUGCCGGAUUUACCCCUCCAGGUGCCAAAAGUGGGGACUAGGGGGAACCAUUUUGUGAUGGAUGCUGCCUCCCCCUUGGGCCCUUCACCAUCGUCUCUUGGGGGUCCCAUGGCAGAGACCUCAUUGUCUGAGAAUUCUGUGGCCUCCAAGGGUUCAGGUGAAAAGAACAGUCACUUCUUCACCUCCACAGAAGAGUCUGAGUUGUUCCCAGCACCUUCUCAGCGAGUGUCUCUGCUCAAGAGCCCUGAGAUUUUGGCCUCUUCCCCGUGUCCUGAAACUGACAGUGCUGUUUUUGAGUCUUCCCACUUGACUGCUUCUGCUGAUGAAGGUGCUGUUCAGAUAAGGAGAAGAGCCAUUUCUUUGAAUUCCGUCUUACCAGAGGCAUUUGUAUUACCUGUUGACAUAGAAAAGGAGAAUGCCUACUUUUAUGUUGCUGAUAUGAUUAUAUCAGCUAUGGAGAAAAUGAAGUAUGACAUCGUGAGUCAACAGCAGGCGGAGAGCUGGAGCAUAAAAGAAGCCAGUGGGUCCCUUGGGAGUGACCAAGUUGACUCCGAAAUGACCAUUUAUACCAACCCAAAGCAAGAAUCUGGGUCUUCCACUUCCUCUGACAGUGGCUAUGAAGGUUGUGCUGUGUUACAGGUCAGCCCCAAGGUCGAAACACCUUCUCACUCUAAUGUGGUGCAAGAGGCCUGCAGAUGCAGCCUUGAUGAGUUUGUUAUUGUAGAAGUUGGAGAGUUUAAUGAUAUUAGAGAAACUUGUAGCUGUUCCUACAGGUCCUGUAAGAGUGUUUCUCAUGAGGCAGACUUCAAUUCUCCUGAGUUGUUAGCCAAAGAGUUGUACCAAGUAUUCCAGAAGUGCUGGGUAUCGUCAGCAGUUAAGUAUCAGCUGGCAGAUUCCCUGAAUGCAAGUGAUUCAGGAGUUGCAAAUGAAGAAAAUGUCCGAAAAGACUUUGAAUCCAGUAUGGAUAUAGUACAGGACAUUCAACUUAAGUCUAGAGUCAGAGGAACUGAAGACUGGGCUCCCCCUAGAUUUCAGAUCAUACUUGAUCUUCAUCCUCCACUCAAGAGGGAGCUGGUGGUAGUGGCCCAGAAUUUCCUCUGUGCUGGCUGUGGAACUCCAAUAGAGCCUAGUAAGUAUCUCCUGGAUAGCAUAUGGCACCAACCCAUUUUCAAUCUGCUGAGCAUCGGCCAGAACCUCUAUGCGAAAGUCAAGGAACUGGACAGGGUAAAGGACAUCCAGGAGCAGCUUUUUCAUAUCAAGAAGCUAUUGAAGACCUGCAGGUUUGCUGCCAGCUCUGUCAGGGAAAGGGCUUCAUUUGUGAAUUUUGCCGGAGUACAACUGUCAUCUUCCCAUUUCAGACGGCAACUUGUAGAAGAUGUUCAGCAUGCAGGGCUUGCUUUCACAAACAGUGCUUCCAGUCAUCCCGGUGCCCUCGGUGUGCAAGGAUCACUACUCGGCGGAGACUUUUGGAAAGUUUGCCCUCUGCAGCCACAUGAUGCCCCUUGAGUAUUGUGAACUGUCGUUCAACAUGCCUUAUGAUAAAAUGCAUUUGUGUGUAUUAUUGUCACUUUGUUUUUGGUAUCAGGAAUUGUAUAUUUAUGAAAAAAUAUGGCCCAGAUUUCUCUUUAUUAUAAACAUAUAUGUACAUAUUUAAUAUUUUAAAAAUGCAUAAUUUUUGUUAUUAAGUAUAUUGUUACUAAUACAUGUUUACAUAUGGUAACAUACUGGUGUGCACAUGUGUGACAUUUUUGCUGCUACUAGGGUUAUUUAAGAGUUUUUAAAGGGCACUUCUUAAAUUGUAUUGUAAUAGUUGUAUUUAGUUAAUCUUGGAGCCUUUUUUAUAAAUUGUAACUGACAAAAUGAAUUAUUCAGUUCCUCUUCCUUUAAAGCUUGUUUGGUGAAACUGGUUCUUUCAGUGAACAGAAAUGAAACCUGAAAUCUGUCUGCUCCAUAUAUUUUUUCUUCAAUAAACAUACUUCUACCUAAAUG